AUGCGUACCUCGCCAAACAUCAUCAUCACUGGGACCCCCGGCGUGGGCAAGACUACCCACUGCGAGCAGCUCGCAUCAAGCACUGGUCUCACCCAUCUCAAUGUCAAUAAGGUCGUCAAAGAGCGUGACUGCGAGGACGGCUUCGACGAUGAGCUCAACAGUGUCAUUGUCGACGAGGACAAGCUGCUGGACGCCAUUGAGCCCGAUCUCGAGGCUGGCGGUCAAAUCAUCGACUGGCACGCUUGUGACAUGUUUCCUCAAUCUCUGAUCGAUCUCGUGGUUGUCGUUCGCUGUAACAGCACUAUACUCUUCGAUCGCUUGAAGGGCCGUGGCUACAGCGACAAGAAGCUCGACGAAAACAUGGACGCCGAAAUCAUGGAGGUGCUCCUGCAGGAGGCUCGCGAUUCUUACGACGAAGAAAUCGUCGUCGAGCUGCAGAGUGACGAUCUCGACCAGAUUGAUGAGAAUCUUGAACGCAUUCAGACUUGGAUCGAAAACUGGAAGAAGGACCACUCUGAGGCAUAA